UUUUGAAUCGUCACUGCCCAAGUGCCGGUAUUAUUUAUUAGAUCUAUAGGCAAAAAACAAUCAGGUUUUGUUCAUUUAUUUUCAGAUAUCGAACGGUUAAGACCAUGAGUUCCAAGAGGCCUUUGACUAAAGCGCAGAAGCAGCAGUAUGAAAAGAAAUAUGAAAAAAGAUCUCUAUAUAUACCAAAAAAAUACUUUGUUAUUGCCAUUAUCUUUUUAUUAGCGGCCAGUUCUAAAUUGUAUUUCUUCAAAACGGAUUGUGUGAUUCCAAAUGUGGACUUCGAACAAUGGUGGGGUUCAUACCCAAAGACUGAGAUUGAUACUUCCAUAAGACCAUUCAUGAUUGAAUUCUCGGAUAUAAAAGUAAACGAUCUCAAAGAGCGGUUACUGCACAGAGCUCAAUUCGCACCUCCUUUAGACAGUGCGGGCUUCUCAUAUGGUUUCAACAGUCUAUUCCUGCCUAAAGUACUGGAUUUCUGGCAGAAAGAGUACAAUUUUGAGGAACGAGAACGGUUCUUGAACAAAUACAACCAUUUUGUAACUGGCAUACAAGGUUUAGAUGUACAUUAUAUGCAUGUGAAGCCAGACUUAGGUGUUGGAGAUGAUAUUACUGUUUUACCAAUACUCUUGAUCCAUGGCUGGCCUGGCUCUAUUCGAGAAUUUUACGAACUGAUACCGAAGCUGGUUACUCCUCGUCCGAAUCAGAAGUUCGUUUUCGAAGUUAUCGCGCCUAGCAUUCCAGGAUUUGGGUACUCUCAAGCUCCAGUGCAGCAAGGCAUGGGACCGCAAGAAGUAGCGGUAGUAUUCUACAACCUAAUGAAGCGCCUUGGUUUCACCAAAUAUUACGUUCAAGGCGGGAACUAUGGCGCCAAGAUUGGAUCCGUUAUGGCCACUCUGUUCCCUGAUACUGUGCUAGGAUUCCAUACUAAUACACCAACUAUUAUGUGGAGUCCCAUGGCCAUAUUUUACACUUUAUUCGGAACAAUAUGGCCAAGCUUCAUAGUUGAGCCUACCCUGGCAGACCGUAUGUACCCUCUGUCGCAGUACCUCCGAACCAUUAUACAGGAGACCGGCCACUUCCACUUGCAAGCCACUAAACCUGAUACUGUCGGCAUAGCACUCUCCGAUUCUCCAGCCGGAUUAGCAGCGUAUAUCUUAGAAAAAUUCUCAGCGUGGACGGAUGUGGAUAAUAAACAGGCCAUCGAUGGAGCUUUACUGCAUAAAUUCUCAUUGACACAUCUCCUGGAUAAUGUAAUGAUUUACUGGACGACUAAUUCAAUUACCAGCAGCAUGAGGCAUUACACUGAGUAUAAACAGUUGUGGGUUUUGGAUCGAAUCCCGACAGACGUACCAACAUGGGGUAUCAAAUUCAAAUACAACCUCUGCUUCCAACCGGACAGUAUUCUUAGACUGAAGUAUAAGAACUACUUGCAUAGCUCUAUAGUAGAGGAUGGAGGUCAUUUUGCCGCCAUGGAGAUGCCUGAUGUACUGGCCGAUGAUAUUUUUGAUGCUGUUGAUACUUUCAUCCGAUUCCAUGAGGAAAAGAAAAAAAACGAACCACAACCUGAACCAGCUGAAUCAAAAACCGCUGAAACUGUAUCAGCCAAGAAGUCAACUGAACCUGUUAAGAAGACAGAACCAGCCAAAAAGCCAACAGAAGUAGACUACAUGAAAGCGAAAUCGGUUCACGAGUUUACUGUCAAAGACAUCCACGGUAAUGAGGUAAAACUCGACAGGUAUAAAGGGCAAGUACUUAUAAUCGUCAAUGUGGCCUCCAAUUGCGGCUACACCAACGUACAUUACAAACAACUGAACGAACUAUACGAAAAGUAUAGCGGUAAAGGUCUACGUAUACUGGCCUUCCCUUGCAAUCAGUUCGCUUACCAAGAACCAGGGAGCCCUGAAGAAAUCCUCAAAUUCACUAAGGCUAAACAAGUAAAAUUCGAUUUGUUUGAGAAGGUCGCGGUCAAUGGGGAAGAUGCUCAUCCACUUUGGAACUUCUUGAAGAGAAUGCAGGGAGGUACAUUAGGUGAUUUUGUAAAAUGGAACUUUUCUAAGUUUAUUGUGGAUAAGAAUGGGGUCCCCGUUGAAAGGUUUGGACCUAACACGGAUCCUUUGGAGUUGGUUCCUUAUUUGGAGAAACUUUUCGAUCAGUAGACGUUUGCUGGGGCGUAAUAUAAAGUAACAAAUCAAUUUAGCUGAUGUUUAAGAAAUAUUGUGACGUCAUAAUAACGAAUAUUCGACUUUAACGAAUGUACGACGGUUAGCGAAAAGGCUGACUGACUGAUUCUGGCACAGAACCAUACAAUUCUCUGGGUACCUCCUAAUCCACAAAUUAUGUACUGUUCAGGGUGGAUUCUAGAUGCGAUGUAUAUGUCAAGUUAUGGGUCUGUAAGCAAAUUCAAAAUUGGAGAGUCAGGCUACUUAUUUAAAGAAUAUUAAAUGUGACGUCACUGAUUAUACAU